UCUCACUCGAGUCGGUCAGCAACUGUCAGUACCGCAGUUUUUCUUGUAAAAUAGUUGCAAAAAUUAAGGUUUUCUAUUCCAACUGUUCGUUAAAGUGUUCCCUACCAUCCGGCGCAACUAUUUGAAGUAUUUUUGUAUGUAGUAAAGUGAAACCUAUGAAGUAAUCGGUAAUUCUUUGAAGCUCUCCAACUAAACUAGCCUCCGCAGUUUCGAUCCAUCAGCGGUGAGUUGUCAAGUGAAAAGGCUUUGACGGCAGGUUUGCUCGUGUGCCAAAGGCCUUUUGUUUUUGUCAAUUCUGUUCUAUCUACACUAUACGCCGGUGUAAAUUGUUUGUUUGUUUGUUUGUAAACGGAGCGUAUGGGUGGUGCACCGUACGACGUUUUGUUUUGAUUCUGCCUGAGAAUGGAUAACGAUAGUGAGAAUGAAAAUGAUCAGGGCAUGGAAAACGAUGACGAUGAUAACGAUGCAGGCGAGCUGAAUCUAGCUGGAUUUUUGUUCGGUAAUAUAGACGAGCAUGGACGGCUGGAGAAUGAUUUUCUCGACGAGGAAGCAAAGCAGCACCUCUCGUCGCUGUCGCGAAUGGGUUUAUCGUCGUUUCUAGCCGAUGUUUUAACAGAUGGAACUGAAAAACCGGAGGAACAUAGCGACAGCGACGACUCCUCAUCGAGUGAUGACCAUCGAUACGAUGAUAACGAUGAUGAUAAUGCUAACUACAAAGUGAAAGCUGAAGAUGCCGUUGAUUAUUCCGAUAUCAAUGAGCUUGCCGAGGAUUUACCUGUGGCAGUUGAGCCAGCGGGAAGCAAAGCGGAAGCUGUCGAUGAUGAUUACGAUGAUAUUGAGGCGGCAAUCCCGGUUAACAAGGUUGAUUUGAAAAGCGUUAUUGCUGUUGAAACACAGCCGACUGUGAUCGAAAGUGGUGAUGAAGAGGAAGAUGAGGAAGUUGCUGGCGUUGAUGAUAAGGAGUUGAUGCCGCCGCCUAGUGCUCCGAUCAGUGGCGUGGAAGGAAAAAUUGACGCUGAAGAAGUGAUUGUAGAAAAGCCAAAGGUAGAACGGAAAUUGGACACGCCUUUAGCGGCGAUGUUACCUUCGAAAUAUGCAGACGUUGAUGUGAGAGAGCUGUUUCCGGACUUUCGGCCGGACAAAGUUCUACGGUUUUCCAGACUUUUUGGGCCCGGUAAGGUGUCCAGUUUGCCACAGAUUUGGAGAAGCGUUCGCCGACGACGAAAGAAGAAACUACAGAAACAGAAGAUGAAGGAAGGAUCUGAUUCGACGUCGGAUUCUGAUGAACCUCGUCGUGCUCAUGGAUUUAAUCUGGUAUAUGCGCCAAUUCCUUCACGGGAUCAUUGGGCUUCGGACGACGAAGACAGAUUGCUAAGUCUUACGCGAGAGGAAGAGAAAGAAGAAAAACCGGAAACAGACAAUGGUGGCGAUUCCAAACCAAAGGUUGCCGAUUGGCGAUUUGGACCGGCUCAGGUUUGGUAUGAUAUGCUGGAUGUGCCUGAAACGGGAGAAAAUUUCGAUUAUGGUUUCAAAACGGCAGACAGAAAAGAGGAAGUUGAAAUCAAAGGAGAGCCCCUUCCCGAUGAUGCGUUUCUGAUGGUAUCUCAACUGCAUUGGGAGGAUGAUGUGGUAUGGGACGGAAACGACAUUAAACAUAAGGUUUUGCAAAAGUUGAAUUCGAAGAUAAAUGCAGCUGGAUGGCUUCCAUCUAGCGGGUCACGAACUGCGGGAGCAUUCAGUCAGCCUGGCAAAAGUAUGCCUUCAUCACCGGCCAUCGGCAGUUCAAAACUUCCCAAUCCCACCCAAGGUAAAAUGAGUAAAGCUCAGAUGAUUAUCAACGCAGCCCAGAAUAAGCAGGAGGAAAACGAUGACACCUGGUAUAGUAUAUUUCCGGUAGAAAAUGAGGAACUGGUUUACAGUAAAUGGGAAGACGAAGUUAUCUGGGAUGCGGAAGCAGUUAAAAAGAUUCCCAAACCAAAAGUACUGACCUUGGAUCCGAACGAUGAGAACAUUAUUCUGGGCAUUCCGGAUGACAUUGAUCCGUCCAAGAUAAUUCGGAACACUGGCCCUGCUCCGAAAGUUAAAAUUCCUCAUCCGCACGUAAAAAAAUCAAAGAUCCUGCUUGGUAAAGCAGGUGUUAUCAACGUUCUUGCAGAAGACACGCCUCCGCCACCUCCUAAAAGCCCCGAUCGCGAUCCCUUCAAUAUCUCCAACGAUUUUUACUACAUGGCAAAGUCUUCGGAAGCAACACUGAAGCUCAAAGUCAGUGGUGGCAAUUUAUUACAACAUUCCACCCCCGUUGUAGAACUCCGAGCUCCAUUCAUCCCUACGCAUAUGGGUCCGAUGAAACUCCGAAUGUUCCACCGGCCACCGAUGAAAAAAUACUCACAUGGUGCACUGGCUUCAACUAAUCCCCAACCGGUUCUUCCAUUGUUGAAACACAUCAAAAAGAAAUCCAAACAACGCGAGCUUGAACGGAUCGCUUCCGGUGGUGGUGACGUUUUUUUCAUGCGCACCCCGGAGGAUUUGUCCGGUCGAGAUGGCGAACUCAUCCUAGUCGAGUUCUGUGAAGAACAUCCGCCCCUCAUGAAUCAAGUUGGUAUGGCUACCAAAAUCAAAAACUACUACAAACGCAAAGCCGCUAAAGACAGUGGUCCCCAGGAGUAUCGAUACGGUGAAACCCACUAUGCGCACACGUCUCCCUUCCUGGGCAUUCUGCACCCAGGUCACUGCAUCCAGGUGAUCGAAAAUAACAUGUACCGAGCGCCAAUCUAUCCGCACACAGUUCAGAGCACAGACUUCCUAGUGCUGCGGACACGUAGUAGUUACUUUGUCCGGGAAAUCGACGCCCUAUACACGGCCGGUCAGGAGUGUCCGCUGUACGAAGUCCCGGGGCCGAAUUCGAAACGGGCCAACAACUUUGUACGUGAUUUUCUUCAGGUUUUCAUCUACAGAUUGUUCUGGAAAAGUCGAGACAAUCCGCGAAAAAUUCGCAUGGAUGACAUCAAAAAGGCCUUCCCAGCACAUUCGGAGAGUAGCAUCCGAAAGCGGUUGAAGCAGUGUGCCGAUUUUAAGCGAACCGGUAUGGACUCAAACUUCUGGGUCAUCAAGCCAGAGUUUCGGCUCCCGUCAGAGGAGGAAAUUCGUGCAAUGGUUUCUCCAGAGCAGUGUUGUGCAUACUUCAGCAUGAUCGCAGCCGAACAGCGCCUGAAGGAUGCCGGCUACGGUGAAAAAUUCAUCUUCGCCCAGCAGGAAGACGACGACGAGGAGAUGCAACUGAAAAUGGACGACGAGGUUAAGGUGGCACCAUGGAACACAACUCGAGCGUACAUUCAGGCGAUGAGAGGAAAAUGUAUUUUACAGCUGAAUGGUCCAGCUGAUCCGACUGGAUGCGGGGAAGGUUUUUCCUACGUGCGGAUGCCCAACAAACCAACGCAAAACAAGGAGGAAAUCGAAAGUCAACCGAAACGUACCGUCACCGGUACGGAUGCCGAUUUGCGGCGUCUUUCGCUGAACAACGCUAAAGCAUUGCUGCGAAAGUUCCAGGUGCCGGAGGAGGAAAUCAAAAAGCUUUCGCGAUGGGAGGUUAUCGAUGUGGUUCGGACGCUAUCCACCGAGAAAGCCAAGGCCGGUGAAGAGGGCAUGGAUAAGUUUUCCCGCGGUAACAGAUUCUCCAUUGCUGAACAUCAGGAGCGGUACAAGGAGGAGUGUCAGCGAAUCUUUGACCUGCAAAAUCGGGUGCUGGCGUCUUCGGAGGUACUGUCGACCGACGAAGGAGAGUCUACCGCCUCGGAAGAAUCAGACUUGGAGGAGUUGGGUAAAAAUUUGGAGAAUAUGCUUGCGAAUAAGAAAACUUCGACGCAGCUUUCGCUGGAACGGGAAGAGCAGGAACGUCAGGAGCUGUUACGGAAGAUUAUGGAAGAACAGGGAAGCUCCAAGGGCGGUAAAAAGAAGGACGAAGACCUGAAAGAUUUACAGCAGACCCCUACUUGUAAGUAUUUUUCGACGGGUCAAGAUUUUUCCGAACUAAGUCAUUUUAUUUUUACAGCGAAAAUUCUUAAAAUUACUCGCACGUUCAAAAACUCCGAAGGACGUGAAUUCACGCGGGUGGAAAUCGUUCGCCGUUCUCCGGUUAUCGAUGCCUAUGUGAAAAUUCGCACCACCAAGGAUGAGGCAUUCAUCCGACAGUUCGCUACGCUGGAUGAAGCCCAGAAGGAAGAAAUGAAACGCGAGAAGCGUCGCAUUCAGGAACAAUUGCGGCGCAUCAAAAGAAACCAGCAGAAGAUCGGCAUGAUGCAGCAACAGCACCAACACCAUUCCGUCGGAACUCCCAUCAGUCUUGGAGAUAGAGAGACGCCUAGUAGUUCUAAAUCAAGUACUAAUCCUUCGACGCCGAAGGAGAGUCAUCCCAAGGAACACAGUCCAUCAUCUCGUAAGAAGAUCAAGCUGAAACCUGAUUUGAAGUUGAAAUGUGGUGCCUGCGGUCAGGUAGGCCACAUGCGAACCAACAAAGCAUGUCCGCUGUACACGGGAACGAUUCCCACUCCGUCGCUAACGGUGGCGAUGACCGAAGAACAAGAGGAAGAAAUUGAAAAGGAACUGAAUGCCGACGACGAAGAUUUGGUUAAUGUAGAUGGAACGAAGGUAAAACUGAGUGGUAAAUUGUUGAAGCGCCAUGAGGAUGUCCGAAGAAGAACACUGCUGCUGAAGGUUCCAAAGGAUGCGGUCAGUAAGAAGCGAAGGCGUGUAGGGGGCGAUAUAAAUUGUGACUAUUUGAAGCGACACAACAAAACGGCCAACCGAAGGAGGACUGAUCCGGUGGUGCUGUUAUCGUCCAUUCUGGAACAGUUGCUCAACGAGCUGCGCGAUAUGCCGGAUGUUACUCCGUUUAUGUUUCCCGUUAAUGCGAAACAGGUGGCCGACUACCACAAAAUCAUCCAGCGCCCGAUGGAUCUGCAAACUAUUCGGGAGCGCAUCCGACAGAAAAAAUAUCAAACCAGAGAGGAGUUCAUCGCCGACAUUAAUCAGAUCGUGGAAAACUCCUCGCUGUACAAUGGCGCCAAGAGUUCGCUCACGAUCGCAGCUCAACGUAUGUUGCAAAAGUGCAAGGAUCGCAUGCAGGAGAAGGAGGAGCGACUGACCCGGUUGGAAAAGAGUAUCAAUCCGCUGCUGGAUGAUGACGAUCAGGUAGCCCUGUCCUACAUGCUUGGCGAGUAUGUGAACGGUCCGUUGAAAGCGAUGCCGGAGAGUUGGCCUUUCUUAAAGCCGGUCAACAAGCGGUUGGUGAAGGAUUACUACACGAUCAUUAGGAAGCCAAUGGAUUUGGAAAAGGUGUCGAAGAAGGUAGGCACUCACAAAUACCAUUCGCGAGCGGAUCUGCUGCAGGAUAUUCAACUGAUUGCUGAUAACUGUGAAAUGUACAACGGGGCUGAUGCCAACUUUACGAAACAAGCACGGCACAUGGUUGAGGUUGUAGCGCAAGCGUUGGAAGCGAUGGAUAACAUGUCUCAACUGGAGAAGAAUAUUGCUUUGGUACAGGAACGAGCUCGAAACGAGGCGGACAUUGAAUGGGAAGAUGAUGAGCGCGAAAAGUACUUCCAUGGAUCCCGUGAUACAACACCGGAAUUCGGUGACGGUGACGCGAGUAAUUUGGAACGACCUUCGUCGUCUGCGUCGAUGAAUUCCAGUCGACCCGGUCCCAGUGGGUUGAUGAAACCGAACCUUGGUGUCAAAAAGGCUCGAGGUCGGCCCAAGAAGAUGCUGCAUGAGGAAGAAUACCCGGGCAUGAUGAUGUCGCAUAUGAUGAACAUGGAGCUCAAGCGGGCCCGUAGUCGACCCCGGAAGGAAAGUUUUGGGGUGUAUGGCCAUGACGACAAUAGGCUCACCGGUAUCGCUGGGGUUGGUCUUGCCGGUAUCGGCAUUGGCAAUACUAUCGGGGGAUUACCGGCUGGUAUCGAUAGAAUGGUAGGAAUUCCGUCGAGUGCGUCAACUCCGCUGCUGGCCAGCGAUCCAUCGGCUUCGGCUUUCGAAAUGAACUGGAUGGUCAAUACGGGAACCUCGGUGUAUGGUAGCAAGUUAACAACAGCAACAGAUACUAACCCUUUGUACCGGUAUGAGCAGACCACUAGCCAGGGUACGUCUUCAGUUGGUGGCGGUUUCAUGAGGGAAGUGGGACUAUUCGAGCGAUCAAAGCGAGACCGCAGUGGUCAGUACUCGACCGACGACGAAGAAUUCGAAGAGGUUAUCAUGAGUGACAACGAGGGUGUCUCGGUGACACUGGAUCAGUCAAAUGCACCGUCUACGUCGUCAAUUCUGCCACCGCUGGAGGAAGGAGACAGCCACCAGGCCGCCGAGGCAAUGGUGCAACUCAGUGCAACACAAUACUUUACCCAAACGGCCGAUGAAUCGGUAGAGAUCGACCCUAACUACGAUCCCAGUGAUUUUCUUGGGAUGUCAAAUCGGCAACUGGACACUGAAAACAUGCACAGUCAACUGGUCGAACAAGUUGAUUCUGGUCAAUUUCAGUACCAGCAAAGUGAAAUCAGCAACGCAUUCGAUCCAAACUUUCAACAGUUUCAGCAGCAACCACAGUUUCCUCCGCAGCAGAUUAUGCCUGAAGAAGGCCAGUUGCAGCAGAUGCAAAUGAUGCAGCAACAGGAAGCGCUGCCACUAUUACCAUCACUGCACAAGGACCUGGCCAUCUCGGAUAGCGAUGAUGAACAGAACAAUUUGCAGAUGGAUAUCUUCAACAAUGGGAAUGAGAAUGAUGAUAACGAUGAUGGUGGGGAACUGUGGUUCUGAGCUUCAUUCGAGUAUAAAGUAAACAACGUAACAAAUAAAGUUUGAUUUCAGUUGUAGCUUAAA